AUGGAAACUUUGGAUAAUAUUGAAACGAGUCAGCCAACUGACACAAACAACAUGGAUUUGGAUGAUACUGAUCAGGCUCUACCAAAUGAUGCAAAUGCUACUUAUCUAUGGAAUUAUAUGGUCAAACAAGACAACCAAAAGGCAAAAUGCAAGCUUUGCGAUGUUCUAUUAAGUCGAAAGAACGGUUCAACAACAGGAUUACGGAAACAUUUAUAUCAAAUUCAUAAGCUUCAACCAUUUGGAACAACUUCAACUAAAUCACGACCAAAACGAUGCUCACUUUCAACCGAACAAAAGAAACGGCUCGAUUCAUUAAUAAUCAAAUGCAUAAUCGAGGAUGGAAGAAGUUUCAGUGAUAUCAGUCAAUCAGGCAUAGUGAAAGUAUUCGAUCAUUUAGUGGAAGGUUAUGUUCCACCGCAUCGUAACACAGUUCAGCGUAAUUUGAAACGAUUGGAAUCUGAACACAAAUCGUUAUUGAUCAAAGAAUUAUCAAGUAUUCGGUCUAUAGGCAUUACCUGUGACUUUUGGAGUGAUAAACGCUUACAAUCAUACAUGUGUUUGACUGGCCAUUACAUAUCAUCUGACCAUCGAUUUUUUUCGAAGAUUCUGUCAUUCACGUCUUUUCAUAAUCGUCACUUAUCUUCGAAUAUCUCAAUGAUUAUUAAAAAGGAAUUACAAGAAUUGAAUGUACUUGAAAAAACACGCUCUAUUACAACAGACGGAGCUGCAAAUAUGCUAAAAGCAGUUGAAUUACUGGGCGAUGAUAUAAAGCAAAUAUAUUGUUCGUAUUUGCAUUCAAAGUUACAUAUUUUCGAUAGGUAUAUGAAUUUAGGUAUUGCCCAUCGACUUCAUCUGGUGGUAUGCAAUGGUCUUGGAGUUUGGAUUCGCAAAAAACGAGAAUCUUGUUCAUCGGCUGUUCCUACAACAUCGAACAAUCCAGAAGAAAUUGAUUCGGAGGAAGAAGAUCUAACGGAUGAUGUUCAGAUUGUGCCACAAUCAUCACAAGUUAAUACUUCGACGAAUUAUGCUGUUACAACAAAUCAAUCAUUACUUACCGGAAGUCAAGAUUUGAAUACUCGUUUCGAUGAUGUUAUCACAAGUGAAAUGUUAGUUGAUACAGAAUUCGAUGAAUAUAUUACGGAUUUUAUGGAUAACUGGUCAAAUGAUAUUGUUGAAUUAAUGGAUCCAUCUACAUGCGAUUCAAUACAACAACACGUUGGCGAUGUGAUGAGGAAAUCGAGAUCGUUUGCCAAACUGAUCAAUAAAUCAUCGAUUUUAAUGAACCACGUAUCUAGCCUUAAAAAGCAAUUCAAAAUUAAUCGCUCUCUUCAAUUGGAUUGCAAAAGUCGUUGGAAUUCUUCGUACCAUUUGGUUGAAGGAUUGUUAAUGUACAAAAAAAUCAUUAAAAAAAUUAACAGUGAAAAAUACGACAUCGGCCUCAACAAGAAACAAACAGCAAAACUUUCUUCGAUCGAAUUAAAUCAAGAUGAUUGGAAAAUUUUAGAACUAAUCGAAUUUGUCUUGAAACCGAUUGUGCAUGCCACAGAACUCGUCAGUGGUAGUAAAUAUCCAACCAUUGGAAUUAGUUAUUUCGUUAUCUAUCAAUUUCGAGAAUUUCUCGAGGAUAUGACUGACCAAAGUAUUAACGAUUGGAAACUACUGCAUUACAUGAAAUCUUUAUUGUUGAAGCAAGUUCAAAAGUAUUUUUUUGAUAAUCUCACACAAUUGAAAACCAUGAAGAUUCACUCGUAUUUUGAUCCCAUUGGAUUUGGAUGUCUAACAAGAAGAGAACAACGAGAGUGUGAAACAAAUAUCAUUGAAUUAGAUGAGCAAAAUUCCAACGAAGAUACUAACGAUGAUUUCGAUGUUUCUCAAACACAAUCAUACAGUAAUACACAACGAAGAUAUGCCGAAACGAAAUCUUCUGCUAUGAACAAGUUCACUACUUCCAUUGGGAAACCAUUUUUAGCUCCAUUUUUAUCAUCCAUUACCAUAUCGAAUAAGAAGAAGCUUAUGAUGGAGGAAAUGUCCGUGUAUAGAUCCUUGGCUCAACGGGAAUACAAUAGCAUCAUCAACGGUGAAAAACAUUCAAAUGCUAUGGAGUUCUGGAAUAUGCAUCGUGUUCAAUUGAAAUACCUGUACAAGUACGCUACCCAUCAUCUUGUCAGUCCAGCAACUUCUGUAGCAUCCGAAAGCGCUUUCAGUACAGCAUCGUAUUUAUUCCGUAAACAGCGGUCCAGAUUGACACCAGAAAAUUUGUGUUCAACGAUGUUUCUUAAAGACAAAAUCGAGAAUGAAUUUAAUCAAUGA